AUGGACGCCCCCGAAAGCGACUCGUCUGUCCCUGUAGCCAGUGACUCGGUCUUCAGUGUCUCACGCCCUUCAUCAGCCUCUUCGAUACAUCCGCCCGAUACACCCAAGGAUCUGCCAGCGGGCGCACCGAUAUCCUCUCUCUUCCAAGUCCGACACACACCGACCGCCGGCCGCGCCGUUUUCGCUAGUCAAGACAUCCCAGAGGGCACACUUGUGUGGCGCUCAGAAGAUUUGACCCUCAACGUCCUCCUCCGCGAAUAUCGACGCGAAGUAUGUGGACAGUGUUUCGGAUACGAAUACGGGCGGGAUCUGGAUAUACGAGACAAGACGGUGGGGUUCGCGUUCUGCUCAAAGGCAUGCCAGGACAAAUGGCGAGAAGAGAACGGCGAGAUUGGUGUUCAAGCGUGGACGGCUGUCGAGGCUUUAGUAAAAAAGCGAAGCAAGGAGGAUAGCGACAUGGUGGACGCCGACCUACCACGACCAAAGGUCAAGGAGAUUCAGCAGGCUUGGGGGAAUGUUGCUGCGCAGGCGGCGCUGAUACGGGCCGCACGGGUAAGCGAACAAGCUAUACCGGACAAGGAGGAUGUGGCUCCAAUCACAAAGCAGCACAAGAAGGCUGUGUCUAAAGCACUACAAGCUAACAUUACACCUGAUGUGAUGAGCUUUUGUGUGAGUGGCCUGGUAUGGCGAUACCUUCAUCCCGAGCAAUGGGAACGCCUGGAGGCACUCGCAGACGACAAGACUCCUUACCACAGCUCCGACGAUCUCGGCGCGUUUAUAAGAACCUACUUACAUCUGCUUGCGAUCCUUCCCCUACCGCUCCUACCACUUGUAACGGCAGAGACGCUAAUCACGCUCUCGUCCCGCGACUCGCACAACUCCUUCGGUAUUCGCUCCCUGGAAGAUGACGGCUCAGAGUUCUUCGGAUACGGUUGCUGGCCCGCGGCAAGCUACUUCAACCAUUCGUGCGGGCCGAACAUUGAGAAGAAUAGGAAUGGCAAGACAUGGUAUUUCAAAGCUGGGAGAGACAUCGGGAAAGGAGAGGAACUGUGCAUUACAUAUCUUAGCGGGGAGGAGAGGAAGCUGAGUCGUGGUAAGAGACUGUUGAGGUUAAAGAAGACGUGGGGGUUUGACUGUGCGUGUGAGAGGUGUGAAGCACUAUAG